AUGGCGGCCAUUGCACCUCCACCAUCACCUCUGGGUAAAGGCAAACCCAAUUUCACCUUGCCCAUGCCACCUCCUCUUCUCCACACUCGUUCCGCUAAUGACAUCUACGAGCCACCGCACACGCCAACCAGCGCCGGGUUCACAUCUCCGCAUGCCACCCCUCAAGGCAGUCCGAGCAAGAAUAAGCUUCCUCCAGGGGCCAAUGAACUUCCAGAUGUUUUCGAAAAUGCCUUGAAGCUUGGCCCAAGCAGCCCUAACAAGGUUGGAAGGCAGCAAUUGAGUCCGCACUCACCGAAUAAAGGCGCCAGGCAAGGCUUCGAAGAGAUAUUUGACGAAAGCAUCAGUCGUCCAGAAUAUGCCUUAGGCCCUGGAAGUCCAACUCGCAAGUCGGGAAAGGAGAAUACACCUCCAGGCAUACGGCAGUCAAAACCAGCGACGCCCAAUCAAGCCGCAGUAUCACGUCAGGAGCCAUAUCAGGCUAGGGACACAGACUCUGGCCCCAAGGGACGAUGCAAUGCUCAACGAAGUCUGACACCUGAAGAGCUGGAGAAGCUGCAAUUGCCCAAAGUGAAACGUCUUGCGAACGUUACCCAGCUCUAUUUCUUGGACCACUACUUUGAUCUCCUGAGUUACGUGCACCACCGCCAGAGUCGUGAAGCGCUCUUCAAUUCCCAGUUUCCCGCCCCUCCAGCCACUCCUGCAGAAGAGUACGAAGCGGCAAGACACAAGUAUUUGGGCAGAGAACGGGCAAAUCUUCGGAAGCGCCGCACAAGACUCCGUCAUGGAGACUUCCAGAUCCUCACUCAAGUCGGUCAAGGUGGCUAUGGACAGGUGUAUCUGGCAGCCAAGAAAGACACUAGAGAAGUCUGUGCCUUGAAAGUAAUGAGCAAAAAGCUCCUCUUCAAAUUAGAUGAAGUCAGGCAUAUCUUGACAGAAAGGGACAUACUGACAGCAGCCAAAAGUGAAUGGUUGGUGAAGCUACUAUAUGCAUUCCAGGACGACAAGAGCAUCUAUUUGGCAAUGGAAUACGUCCCAGGAGGCGAUUUCCGGACACUUCUCAACAACACUGGUGUACUGCACAACCGUCACUGCCGCUUCUACAUCGCCGAAAUGUUCUGCUGCGUUGAUGCCCUCCAUCAGCUAGGCUACAUUCACCGGGAUCUGAAGCCUGAGAACUUCCUCAUCGACUCUACCGGUCACGUUAAGCUCACAGACUUCGGCCUCGCAGCUGGCAUGCUUUCCCCACAGAAGUUCGAAUCAAUGCGAAUCAAGCUUGAGGAAGUCGGCCAGCUCUCCAUGCCCUUCGGCAACCCUAUGGACCAACGCUCCGUCGCCGAACGACGUGAGGGCUACCGAGGCUUGCGUGACCGCGAGGUGAAUUAUGCCAAGUCUAUCGUCGGAUCUCCUGAUUACAUGGCGCCCGAGGUACUCAAGGGCGAAGAGUACGACUUCACUGUCGACUAUUGGUCUCUCGGCUGCAUGCUCUUCGAGGCCUUAUCCGGAUACCCGCCCUUCGCAGGUUCCACUGUCGACGAAACAUGGCACAAUCUGCGUCACUGGGACAAAGUGCUCAAGAAACCUAAGUUUGAAGACCCGACUUACUUCCUUUCUCCCCGUACCUGGGAUCUGAUCCAGCGCUGCGUGAAUUCGAAGAAGAACCGCUUCCGUAAUAUCAGCGAAAUCUACAAGCACGCUUAUUUCGCGGAAGUCGACUGGUCGAAGUUGCGAGAGCAGCGAGCCCCAUUUGUACCGGAGUUAGAUGGUGAAACAGAUGCAGGCUAUUUCGAUGACUUCAGCAAUGAGGCAGAUAUGGCCAAGUACAAGGAGGUGCACGACAAGCAGACUGCAUUGGAGAACAUGGCGGAUCGGGAUGAGAAGAUGGGCAAAGGGUUAUUUGUUGGCUUUACUUUCAGACACCGAAAACCCACCGUCGAUCCCAGCGGCAAGCUGACCAGCCCCCGCAAGACCCUCCCUACAGAUGGCUCUUUCGGCACUAUCUUGUGA